CGGAUUAUCUGCACUUCUCUCUGUCACAGUGAUAUCAUCGUUUGGAAAUUGAAGGUGCCUCCUGCUUGUUUUCCUAGAAUUCUCGGCCACGAAGCUAUAGGAUUUCAAAGAAACUAAUGUUUUAUUUUAGGGUUGUGGAGAGUGUGGGAGAGAAUGUUGAAGAGGUAAAGGAAGGAGAUACUGUCAUUCCGACCUUCAUGGCAGAUUGUGGAGACUGUGCAGAUUGCAGAUCAAAGAAAAGCAACCUAUGUUCAAAACUUCCUUUCGGGGUGAAGCCUUGGAUGCCUAGAAAUGACACCACCAGAUUCACAGAUCUUAAUGGAGAGCCUUUAUACCAUUUUCUGUUUGUUUCUAGCUUUAGCGAAUAUACAGUGGUAGAUGUUGCCCAUGUAGUAAAAAUUGAUCCUGCUAUCCCUCCAAAUAGGGCAUGCCUCCUAAGCUGUGGAGUAUCAACAGGUGUUGGUGCUGCAUGGAGAACCGCAAAUGUGGAGGCAGGAUCAACUGUUGCUAUAUUUGGGCUGGGUUCAAUAGGAUUAGCAGUUGCAGAGGGAGCAAGACUCUGUGGUGCAACUAGGAUUAUAGGUGUGGACUUGAAUCCUGAGAAAUUUGAGAUUGGACAAAGAUUUGGAGUCACAGAAUUUGUUGAUUCAAGCAGCUGUGGAGAUAAAUCUGUGAGCCAGGUGAUCAAUGAGAUGACUGGUGGGGGGGCAGACUACUGCUUCGAAAGUGUUGGCUUGUCAUCCUUAGUGCAAGAGGCCUAUGCUUCCUGCAGAAAGGGUUGGGGAAAGACGAUUGUUUUAGGAGUGGACAGACCAGAAGCACAAUUGAACUUCAAUUCUUUGGAGGUACUCCACAGUGGGAAAACCAUUACAGGAUCCCUAUUUGGAGGGCUCAAAGCUAAAUCUGAUAUUCCAAUUCUCCUGAAACGAUAUGUAGACAAGGAACUGCACCUUGAUGAAUUCGUCACUCAUGAAGUGAAGUUUGAAGACAUCAAUAAAGCCUUCAAUUUACUUAUUGAAGGGAAGUGUAUCCGAUGUGUGAUCUGGAUGGACAGAUGAUUGUCUCAUACCUCGUAUCUUUGUUGUGCAUACUCUUCAAAAGUUGCAACAUAUUGGGAAUAAGUGUUCGUUGCUGAAGACCAAGUCAAAUAAGUUUGUUAGCAAAGUCCUAAUAAAGUGGAGCAUACCAGAUUCUUGUUAUCUGAUGAAGCCAUGUUCUUAGUAGUAGGAGAUUUACAGCAAACUUCUGUUUUUCUUUUUGUUUUUUGCUGUCUAUAAAUAAGGAGAAUGAUCCCUUGUACUGGGCGUUAAUUUCUCAUCUUUUCAUCAUAUUUUCUUCUUGAAGUUGUUCUGCUUCAAUAUUCAGCAAUAAAGUCAUUUCAGCUUU